AUGGAGUCAAUUCGCCAGCACCGCAGGAUCCGCAGAAAGAUCGAGCAACAAUUUGUUACAAAACAUGAGAAGCCCGAGGAUGUCUGGACCCAUGAGGGCCGCUACUAUUACCGUGAAGGAGAGAUUCACACAGAACCUCGUGAGCCGACUGAUGACUUGGGUGCCACACGAAGAAGGGAACAUGGCCAUCGCACUUUUAUCACUGGGCCAUCCCUUCAACCUCGCCAUACCGUUCGAUCACACAUCGAGCGGGAAGGAGAUGUCGAGGGCGCCGAGUACGACCCGGGAAUCACAAACGAACCGCAUACCAUCAACUCAGAAGAGACGCUGGGAAACACGCCUGAUAUUAUGGUGACUGGCGUUGAAAGACCUCGGCCGGGUUAUCCCUUAACGGAUAGUGACUGUGACACAAUGGAUCCUCACAACUGGCCACUCAAAUGUCGAGUUUGGACGACUAUAAUCACCUCGCUGACUGGAUGCGUAAUUUUUUGGUCAUCCACGAUCGAUUCCACUGCUCUCACAUCAACCAAGAAAUUGUUUCAUACUAGCUUCGAGGUCGAGACUUUGCCGACUGCUAUGUUCUUGAUUGGUGCUGGAGUAGGCGCAUUGGCAACAGGACCUAUAUCAGAAGUCGUUGGGCGCACCCCCGUGUAUAUACCCACCAUGAUCGGGUUCAUGUUGUUUGACAUGGGCGCAGGGCUUUCCCAAAAUGUGAUACAGCGAACUGUUUGCCGCGGUCUAGCUGGACUCUUCGGGUCUGCCCCGGCGGUUAUAGCAGCAGCAUCCAUCGUGGACAUCUGGUCACGCAUUGAACGAGUAUACAUCUUUCCGAUCUUUUCGAUCAUCAUAUUCACUGGUCCAUUGGUGGGCCCAGUACCAGGAGCAUUCGCCGUCCAUGCUAAAUCGGCAGGCUGGCGCUGGGUGGACUGGAUGACCAUCAUUCUCGCCGGACUUGUCCUGGUCCCGGUUCUGCUGUUCCUGCCCGAGACAUACAGCCCAAUCCUGCUGUACUGGAAAGCGAAAGAGCUCCGCCGCCUGACAGGCGACGACCGGUACCGGUCCCCGCUGGAGUUCAGAAAAGCCACGUUCGCCCAGCGCAUGCGUACCUCGCUAUACCGACCGCUGGUACUUUUUGUGACAGAACCAAUCAUUAUGAUCCACUCGCUCUCUCUAUCUCUCCUCUUUUUGAUCCUGUACACCUUCAUCGCCGGCUAUGUCUCCAUCUAUGAAAAGGCAAACAACUUCAGCGCGACCUCGACCGCCCUCGCAUUCUUGGCCAUUGAGGUCGGAGUCCUUCUUUCAGCACUGACACUCCCGAUUUCAAUGUGGCUCCUCCGUAGGGCGAUUUACCGCAGCCGUGCAAGAGGCCAAAAGCGCCCAGAUCCGGAGAUCAGUCUAUAUAUGGCCAUGUUCGGUGCGCCUUUUAUCCCCAUCUCGCUAUUCUGGAUGGCUUGGACGGCCAGACUCUCAAUUUCUUUCUGGAGCCCGCUUAUCGCUUCGGUAUUCUAUGGCUUUGGGACAUUGUGCGUUUUCGUCUCGGCCUACCAGUACGUCGCCGAUGCGUUCGAGGAACAUGCUGCAAGUGCGCUUUCCUGUCUUCAGAUGACGCGGCUUGUUGCUGCCGGUGUUAUGGCUAUCAUCGCGGAAAUCAUGUAUAGCAACCUUGGCGUUGCAUGGACGUUGACUCUGUUGGGUUGCCUUUCGUUGUUGUUUUUACCUAUUCCUUAUUUGCUCUACUGGAAGGGGUAUAAAAUACGUACAUGGAGUCGGUAUGCACGCAGGAAUGAGCAGGGCUAA